GCUCAGGCGGGGAUCGCUGACUGCCUAACGCCCGGCCCGCGAUCUCCGGCCUCUCCGGCCUGCUCAAUAUGGACCACGACGGUGUUCCCUCGACCCCCAGGGGCUUCUUCCGAAAGUUCCUGGAGGAACUCUCCGGGGUUGGCAAAGCCAUCGGCGUGCUGACCAGCGGCGGGGAUGCCCAAGGUAUGAAUGCCGCUGUCCGUGCAGUCGUGCGCAUGGGGAUCUACGCGGGGGCCAAGGUGUACUUCAUCUAUGAGGGCUACCAAGGCAUGGUGGACGGUGGCAGCAAUAUUGUGGAAGCGGACUGGGAGAGCGUGUCCAGCAUUCUGCAAGUGGGUGGGACCAUUAUUGGCAGUGCCCGGUGCAAAGCCUUCCGUACCCGAGAAGGCCGCCUGAAAGCCGCUCACAACCUGGUGCAGCGGGGCAUCACCAACCUGUGUGUGAUUGGCGGGGACGGCAGUCUCACCGGGGCCAACAUCUUCCGGGAGGAGUGGAGUGGGCUGCUGGAGGAGCUGGCCCACAGCGGCAAGAUCAACAAGGAGGAGGUAAAGAAGCAUGGAUACCUCAACGUCGUGGGGAUGGUGGGCUCCAUUGACAAUGACUUCUGCGGGACAGACAUGACCAUUGGCACUGACUCGGCUUUGCACCGGAUCAUCGAAGUUGUUGAUGCCAUCAUGACGACGGCCCAGAGCCACCAGAGGACCUUCGUUCUCGAGGUCAUGGGGAGACACUGCGGGUACCUAGCCCUAGUGAGCGCCUUGGCCUGUGGGGCGGACUGGGUGUUCCUUCCGGAAUCUCCACCAGAAGAUGGUUGGCAGGAGACCAUGUGCAUCAAGCUGUCAGAGAACCGGGCCCGGAAAAAAAGGCUGAACAUCAUCAUUGUGGCUGAAGGAGCAAUCGAUGCCCAAAAUAAACCUAUUACCUCGGAGCAAAUCAAGGACCUGGUGGUGACACAGCUGGGAUAUGACACGCGAGUGACCAUACUUGGACACGUGCAGAGAGGUGGGACGCCAUCAGCCUUUGACAGGAUUUUGGCCAGCCGCAUGGGGGUAGAAGCCGUCAUUGCCCUUCUGCAGGCCACUCCAGAGACCCCGGCCUGUGUGGUGUCGCUGAGUGGGAACCAGGCCGUGCGCCUGCCCCUGAUGGAGUGUGUGCAGAUGACCCAGGACGUCCAAAAGGCGAUGGAUGAGAGGAGGUUCAAGGAUGCUGUGAAGCUCCGAGGAAGGAGCUUUGAGGGCAACCUCAACACCUACAAGCGGCUCGCCAUCAAGAUGCCAGACUCCAAGAUCCAAAAGAGUGGCUUCAAUGUGGCUGUAAUCAAUGUGGGUGCACCAGCUGCUGGGAUGAACGCGGCUGUGCGGUCGGCCGUGCGGUUUGGCAUCUCAGAAGGACACAAGAUGUAUGCCGUCUAUGAUGGCUUUGAGGGCUUUGCCAAAGGCCAGAUAAAAGAAAUCGGCUGGUCAGAUGUCGGAGGCUGGACCGGACAAGGUGGCUCCAUUCUUGGGACAAAGCGGACACUUCCCGGGAAGUACUUGGAGGAAAUUGCUGAGCAGAUGCGCACCCAUAGCAUCAACGCACUGCUGAUCAUUGGUGGGUUUGAGGCCUACCUGGGAUUGCUGGAACUGUCCACCGCCCGUGGGAAACACAAGGAGUUCUGUGUCCCUAUGGUUAUGGUUCCCGCCACCGUGUCCAAUAACGUGCCGGGGUCCGAUUUCAGCAUCGGUGCCGACACCGCUCUGAACACCAUCACUGAUGCUUUCCAGAGCUUGAUCACGUUCGCCCAGGCACGUGGCGACCACCAGGAGCUUUGCAUCCCCAUGUGUGUCCUGCCUGCCACCAUUAACAACAAUGUCCCUGGCACAGAGCUGAGCAUUGGCUGUGACACCAGCCUAGAUGUGAUAGUAGAGACCUGCGACCGCAUCAAGCAGUCAGCCAGCGGGACCAAGCGCCGCGUGUUCAUCAUCGAGACCAUGGGCGGCUACUGCGGCUACCUGGCUAACAUGGGGGGCCUGGCGGCUGGUGCCGAUGCUGCCUACAUCUUUGAGGAGCCGUUUGACAUCAGAGACCUGCAGGCCAACGUGGAGCACCUGACAGAGAAGAUGAAGACCACCAUCCAGAGGGGACUCGUGCUCAGAAACGAGAGCUGCAGUGAAAACUACACCACCGACUUCAUCUACCAGCUCUACUCAGAAGAAGGCAAAGGGGUGUUUGACUGCAGGAAGAACGUGCUGGGCCACAUGCAGCAGGGUGGAGCACCUUCCCCAUUUGACAGAAACUUUGGAACCAAAAUCUCUGCCCGAGCCAUGCAGUGGAUCACCUGGAUACUGAAGGAGGCUCAGGGAAAAGGAAAAAAGUUUGUAACUGACGAUUCUAUCUGUGUGCUGGGAAUAAGCAAAAGAACCCUUGUUUUCCAACCUGUGGCUGAGCUAAAGAAGGAAACAGACUUUGAGCACAGAAUUCCCAAACAGCAGUGGUGGCUGAAGCUUCGCCCCCUCAUGAAGAUCCUGGCCAAGUACAAGGCCAGCCUUGAUGUCUCCGAUUCAGGCCAGCUGGAGCAUGUGCUCCACGGCCAUGAGGAGCCUGCAGCCAUCUAGUUGCCACCGCCUGCCAGUGAUGCUUUGGGCUUCCUGUUUACCCACUCUGCCCCUGGUUUUGUAACACUUAAGUUAUUUAUCAGCACUUUACGUGAGUACUGUUGACGUUAAUCCCUAAUCACGAUGCACCUGUCCUGUACCCUUCACACUCCAGUGGAUCGUGAGACUCCAGUGAGUUGUCUGCCGUAUCGCAUACUCUGUCCCCUGCUUUCAAAUGUGUGUUUCCAGUGGAAUUAAACAUUUGGCUGAAAUUCCAACCA